AGUCCCUUGUUCCCUAUCCGGAGCCCAAGGUGGUGGUUGUCACCGCGUUCCCGAAACUGCAGACCGCACUUCCCAGCGGAUCCCCGUACUGGGACAGGAAUUCCCAGCCCAGACUUGGCCUCCGGGCGUUCUCGGGAUUGUGGCGCCGAGGGCUGAGGCGCGUGACGUGGCAGGGAGUCGUCGUGCGCGGCCCCUGGCGGCGGGAACUCCGAACGGCCUUCUCCCUGGCUUCCAGCCGCAGUUCUCUGAGGUCCCGGGCCCCUCCCCGCGCGGACGCGGCGGCGGACGCGGGAAGUCCAGGCCGCCGCCCGCCCCUCCCCCGUCUGGGCCGCAUUUCCCAGAAACCCCCACGGCCCACCACCCUUUUCCUCCCUCGGCGGCCGCGGGUCACUCUCUGGGCCGGUCCUGGCGGAGGCUCGGGCGCGGCCGGGCGGGCUGGACCGGACUUCCUCAGGCAGGACUUGGACCCAGACUCGACCCUGAGCGGAAAAGACGGCCGCGCCGGCGCCGGCCUGGGUGUUUCUCCCCCGCCCGGGACUGCGCUUCCCAGGGGGCUUCACCGGGUGUGCGGCCUGAGAACCCAGAAGAAGAGGAAAGAAGAAUUGUUGUGCAUCAAAUCAUGGCGGGCCUGAGGUUCAAAGAUGUUGCCAUUUACUUCUCUCAAAAGGAGUGGGAAUCCUUGUACUGUACUCAGAAGGAUUUAUACCGAGAUGUAAUGUUGGAAAAUUACAAUAACCUGAUCUCACUGGGAGUGGGAAUCCUUGUACUGUACUCAGAAGGAUUAUACCGAGAUGUAAUGUGAAAUUACAAUAACCUGAUCUCACUGGGACUUUCUGACAGUAAGCCAAGUGUGAUCUCCUUAUUGGAGCAGGGGAAAGAACCCUGGAUGGUUAAGAGGAAGGAGACAAAAGAAUGGUGUCCAGACCGGGAGUCUGGAAGAGAAACCAAGAAUUUAUCUCCAAAAGAGGACAGUUAUGAAAUUAAAUCAUUGCAUCAGGUCAGAAAUAACAGAAAUAACAGAAAAAUCAAAUGCCCAGUGGAGAGACAACAAGGGUAUCAGAAGGGACAUUUUAGACAAGCUGUAAUAACCUCUGGAGAAAGGUCCACGUCGAUUCAGUGCACAGCCCAUAGAGAAGAUCAGAGAAAUGAAACUGGAAAGAAAUCCUGUGACUAUAAGAAAUGUAAGAACACUUUCAGGUGCCAGUCACAUCCUACUCAACGUGAAAAAAUUCAUAAUGAGGAAAAGGAUUCUGAGUGUGGAGAAUGUGGGAAAAUCUUUAAUAGUAGAUCAGACUUGAUUAAGCAUCAGAGACGUCAUCAAAGCAAAAACUGUAAUGAAAAUAAGAAAUGUGCCUUUAUUCGUGACUCUGGAAUUACUCAACCUCAGAGCAUUGAGGAACCUCAUGAGUGUAAGGAAUGUGGGAAGGCCUUUCAUUCUAGUUCACAACUUAGUCACCAUCAAAGGAUGCAUAUAGGUGAGAAACCAUAUAAAUGUAAGGAGUGUGGGAAAGCUUUUCCGUCUACCACACAACUUAAUCUACAUCUGAGAAUUCAUAGCGAUAAAAAAUACUAUGAGUGUAAGGAAUGUGGGAAGGCCUUUACCCGUCCUUCACACCUUUUUCGACAUCAGAGAAUCCAUACUGGUGAGAAACCCCAUAAAUGUAAGGAAUGUGGGAAAGCUUUUCGUUAUGACACACAACUUAGUCUUCAUCAGAUAAUUCAUACUGGUGAAAGACGCUAUGAAUGUAAGGAAUGUGGGAAAGUAUAUAGUUGUGCCUCUCAGUUGAGUCUACAUCAAAGAAUUCAUACUGGUGAGAAACCCCAUAAAUGUAAGGAAUGCGGGAAAACGUUUAUCUCAGAUUCACAUCUUAUUCGACAUCAGAGUGUUCAUACUGGUGAGAAACCCUAUAAGUGUAAGGAAUGUGGGAAGGCCUUUCCUCGUGGUUCAGAACUGACUCGACAUCAGAGAGCUCAUGCUGGUGAGAAACCUUAUGAAUGUAAGGAAUGUGGAAAGGCCUUUACUUGUAGCACAGAACUUGUUCGACAUCAAAAAGUUCACACUGGUGAGAGACCCCAUAAAUGUAAGGAAUGUGGGAAGGCUUUUAUCCGAAGAUCAGAACUUACUCAUCAUGAGAGAAGUCAUAGUGGUGAAAAACCCUAUGAGUGUAAGGAAUGUGGGAAGGCUUUUGGUCGUGGCUCAGAACUUAGUCGACAUCAGAAAAUUCACACUGGUGAGAAACCCUAUAAAUGUAAGCAAUGUGGUAAGGCCUUUAUUCGUGGCUCACACCUUACUCAACAUCAAAGAAUUCAUACAGGACAGAGGAGUGAAUAAUGAAAUGUGGGAAGGCUCAGAAUUUUGUUGACAUCAGAAAAUUCAUAGUAGUUUG